AUGGAGUAUUCUACACUGGCGACGAGUUCUCUCGCCCUGAUCCUCUAUCUUAAUACUUUGGACGCGGAUUUCGCUUAUGAUGACAGCCGUGCCAUACAAAAGAAUCAGGAUCUUCGUCCAGAGACGCCGAUACUCAAUGUGAUGUACGAUGACUUCUGGGGGACACCGUUAACACACAGUGGAUCUCACAAGUCCUAUCGACCAUUAUGCGUCCUGUCUUUCCGUCUCAACUACUUCCUUGGGGAACUAAACCCAUGGGGUUAUCACCUAGGAAAUGUUAUUUUACAUGUCAUAGUGACGGCAGUGUUCACACAUUUUGCGAGGAUAUUCCUGCGACACCACAUCCCAACACUUGCUGCAGGACUUUUAUUCGCAUGCCACCCCAUCCAUGUUGAAGCAGUUGCAGGAGUGGUGGGAAGGGCAGAUGUAGGAGCAUGCCUUUUUUUUCUCCUGGCCAUCUUGGCUUAUGUCAAGUAUGUUCAUCACAGGGAAGUGGGGAACAGUCGUGAAAAAUAUGCCUGGUUCGGACUGGCAGCCCUAUCAACAACAGCUAGUAUGCUAACUAAGGAGCAAGGUGUUAUGGUGAUUGCAGUGUGUGCAUCAUAUGACUUAUUUAUCUAUCAUAAAGUAAAGUUGCAGGAUAUUGUCACAUUUAAAUGGGUGAAGAGAAAAGAGAUCCGGGAAGGGAUCAUUCUGUUGGUGCUAGUCGGUGUAUCACUCAUCACAUUCCGUCUUGUGUUCAUGGGAAACAAACCUCCAGAGUUUGCGCCGUCCGAUAAUCCAGCUUCUGACUCGGACAGCCUAUUAACUCGGGCGUUAACUUAUUUACUAUUGCCUUCCCUUAACUUGUGGAUAUUAUUUUGUCCAAGAGUGCUCAGUUUUGAUUGGUCAAUGGACGCAAUUCCAUUAGUCGAAACAAUCUGGGAUGUACGCAAUGUAUUUUCAAUAAUGUUUUAUUCUCUAUUGUUUUAUAAAUCAUAUUUGUUAAUUUGUGAUCUUCAUAAUAGCAAUAUCAGUGCAACUGAGAAAACCUUCCAGCCACAUCUGAAUGGCAAUGGUUUAUCCCAUUACACACAUUCCAGUAGUCAAAAUAACAACCAUCAUCUCCAUAACAAAAAUGUGACUUCAUUAAAAAGUAAACUUUCAUUGCCAAAUCGGCGUCCUUCCAAUAGCUCAACAGACAGUGAAGAUGACCAAGCCACUGAUAUCAGAAUCUACCGCUCUCAAGACAUUUGUGUGAUGGCACUUGCACUCAUGGUUUUUCCAUUCAUUCCUGCCACAAAUUUAUUUUUCUAUGUGGGUUUUGUGAUAGCAGAGCGUGUGUUGUACAUUCCAAGUAUGGGAUUUUGCCUGUUGGUGGCACAUGGUGGCCAUGUUGUGUAUAAGAAGCUUCAGCGAAAUAAAGUGGCACAGAGGGGAUUUGUGAUCAGCUUCAUGGCCCUAGUGGCUCUCUUCUGUGGCAAGACAGUGCUUAGAAACCGUGUGUGGCAGACAGAGGAAAACCUGUAUAGCUCUGGAGUAUCAGUCAACCCUGCUAAAGCGUGGGGGAACCUUGCCAAUGUGUUGAACAGUCAGGGAAAAUUAGGUGAAGCAGAGACAGCUUAUCGUAAUGCUCUCGUCCACCGAUCCAACAUGGCUGACACACACUACAACCUGGGAAUUUUACUGCAAGACCAGAAGAGAUAUGAAGAAGCCAUUGAAAGCUAUAAACGAGCUAUACAGUGUCGCCCUAAACUUUCAAUGGCCCAUCUAAACCUGGCUAUAAUUUAUGCCCUGCAGUUGAGGUACGAGGAGGCAGAAAAGGUUUAUUUACACUGUGCUGACUUGGACACGUCAGGUCUAAAGGACCCGCGUCUACAUGAAAACACCAAGAUCUCUGCCUUAUACAACCUUGGCCGUCUGUAUGCUGAGAUGGGAAGGAACAAGGAUGCUAUAGCUAUAUACAAGGAAGCACUGAAGAGACGGCCCAGUUACUACCAGCCACAGAGUAUCUACAACAUGAUGGGGGAAGUGUAUUUAAAACUUGGUCAGUUUGAGGAUGCUGAGUACUGGUACAAGGAGGCCUUACGGGUCAAGACUGACCACAUUCCUGCUCACUUGACCAUGGCUAAGCUCUUCCAAAAAAAGAACAUGCUUCCUGAAGCUGAGGAAUGGUAUCAAAAAGCCCAGGCUAUAGACGCAGGGGAUUUAAGUGUUCAACAUCAUUAUGCUCAGUUUGUAGCAGAAUCUGGCCGUCUAGAACAGGCUGCACAGAUGUAUCUAGCUGCAGUGGAGAGAGCACCAAAUGACUUUGAAGUUGUUUUUAAUGCAGCCAAUAUCCUCAGACAAAUUCAGGACAACAAACAAUCUGAGGACCUUUAUCGACGGGCAGCCUUCCUCAAACCGAAUGUUGCAACUGCUCACAUGAACUUGGGCGCCAUGUUGCAUCUAAAUGGAAAAUUAGUGGAGGCAGAGCUCAGCUAUCUCGAGGCUCUACGACUGAAACCUGACGAUUCAACAACCAAACAAAAUCUUAUCAAGUUACGCAAUCUCAUGAAGAAAGACACCGCCAAUGGCAAGACAAAACGAUGACGCCAGUAACUUAUAAAAACAUGCCAUUUAGAACUGUGUUUGUAA